CGUUGAAGCAGCGGAGUGUGGAAGCUCGAGCGGAAAGUGAAAACAAAGCCAGACAUCCCUCUAUGUUUCCGUGUGUCAUGGUCAAACCGUCAACCAGAGCCGUUAGCGACAGCGGAGGCAGGCCUGUUUAACAGUGACAGCAGCACUGGCAACUUUGCUAAGCAACAACCUCCCCCUGCCCCUCCCCCUCACCCUGCCUUUGGAUUAAGGGUCAUCCGUCCACCCCGCCACCUCCACCACAACCUUCAGUGAGCUCAUCAUGGUGGAUGUAACCAAAUGGCCCAUCUUCAGCCUGAUGGGCCCCCAGGAGCUCUCCAAUAUACGGAAAGCUUGUGUGUUUGGAACGUCUGCUAAUGAAGCUAUUUACAUCACCAAUGAUGAUGAGGUGUACGUGUUUGGUUUGAACUGCAGUAACUGCCUGGGAACAGGGGAUAGUCUGAGCACCAUCGUACCCAAGAAGCUGGACUUCCUGAGUGGAAGGAAGGUGGUCAGCCUGAGCUAUGGAAGCGGGCCCCACGUCCUUCUGGCCACUGAGGACGGAGAGCUUUUCGCCUGGGGUCAUAAUGGGUACAGUCAGCUAGGAAAUGGGACAACCAACCAAGGAGUUUCUCCAGUUCUCGUGUCUGCCAACCUGCUCAAUAAGAAGAUCACAGAGGUGUCAUGUGGCUCUCACCACUCGAUGGCACUGACCGACUCAGGAGAAGUGUAUGCAUGGGGCUACAACAACUGUGGUCAGGUGGGUUCAGGCUCCACAGCGAACCAGCCCACUCCCCGCAGAGUGUCGAGCUGCCUGCAGAACAAAGUGGUGAUCAACAUCGUCUGUGGUCAGACCUCAUCGGUGGCGGUGGUGGACAAUGGAGAGGUGUACUGUUGGGGCUACAAUGGGAAUGGACAACUUGGGCUGGGAAAUAAUGGGAACCAGCUCACACCAUGUCGCCUUGCAGCACUGCAGGGCGUAUGCGUGCAACAGAUUGUCUCAGGUUACGCUCACUCUCUUGCACUAACUGAUGAAGGCGUGCUUUACGCUUGGGGGGCAAACACGUACGGACAACUGGGCACCGGGAACAAGAGUAACCAGCUGAGUCCCAUUCAGGUCAUGGCUGAGAAAGAGAGGGUUGUGGAGAUCGCUGCCUGUCACUCUACACACACAUCAGCUGCUAAGACCCAAAGUGGUCAGGUGUACAUGUGGGGCCAGUGCAGGGGUCAGUCUAUUGUACUGCCCCACCUCACGCACUUUACCUGCACUGACGAUGUCUUUGCAUGCUUCGCUACGCCCUCAGUCAUGUGGAGGCUUCUUUCCAUGGAGCAUGAUGACUUCCUGACCGUGGCUCAGUCUCUAAAGAAAGAGUUUGACAACCCAGAGACAGCCGACCUCAAGUUCUGCGUGGACGGCAAAUAUAUCUGUGUCCACAAAGCAAUCCUCAAAAUCAGGUGUGAACAUUUCAGGUCCAUGUUCCAGUCUCACUGGAAUGAAGACAUGAAGGAAGUGAUUGAGAUCGACCAGUUCUCCUACCCGGUGUACCGCUCCUUUCUUGAGUUUCUGUACACUGACAACGUGGAGCUGCCUCCUGAGGACGCCAUCGGGCUGCUGGAUUUGGCUACAUCAUACUGUGAGAACCGCCUGAAACGUCUUUGUCAGCAUAUCAUUAAGAGAGGAAUCACCGUGGAUAACGCCUUCUCCCUGCUUUCUGCUGCUGUACGCUAUGACGCAGAGGACCUGGAAGACUUCUGCUUCAAAUUCUGUGUAAACCACCUAACUGAAGUUACCCAGACUGCUGCUUUCUGGCAAAUUGAUGGGAACCUGCUCAAAGAUUUCAUAUGUCGAGCCAGCCGCUGUGGAGCCUUCAAAAACUGAUCCCAAGCCAAAUACUUAAAGACCAAGGUGCAGAGACACCGAGGAAACUCCUGCAGUGAUUUCCCUAAGGACUGCAUCACUCAGUUAGCUCUGUGUCUCUUCACUGACGAGUGGAAACCUUUAGAUUGUUACUAUCACUGUUGAAUCUGACCAGAACACGUGUGCGCACUGGCUGUACAUCCUGAAAUGAGGAGGUGGAGCUUACAGGUAGCAGCAUCAUUACACGGUUGCAGUAGUUGUUGCCACAGUGCCUGACUAGCUGAGUAAACACUCACUCCAUUAGAGUGGUUGUUUUCUAUGAACUUGAAGAUUUUUGCCAGUUGCCUGAUUAUCACUUUACUUUUUUAAAUUUUGUUGAACUGACCAAGUUACUUCCUUAGUUUUUGCACUUGUGGUAAACAAUUUGAUUUUGUUCCUCUUAUUUAGACGACUGGAUGACAGUUUGAUGUGCCAUCUUGAAUCGAGGUUUUCACUUUUUGCACUUGUAGAUGUAGGGAUAGAGAAAGUAUUACGGCAACAAAGAAGGCAGAGUCAUGCAAAGGUCAAACUGUGGGGUCUGUACUAGGUAGAGAGUUCAAAAUACUCAGGAUAUGUUUCAGUUAUCUGGCUUUACUAACUCUGACUUAAGAGAUCCCACUAAGCAAUCACAUCUAACUGGCUGUCAACUCCAUUUGUAAGUUCGCAUAUAUGAGGUGUUGAGCACACAUUACCAUGACGAUCUACCUGGUAAAAAGUGAACUACCUUCAUAGUGCCCACUAAAAAAAUGUUUCGCAACUCACUUUUGAGCCCCAAUCUACCAGUUGAGAACCACUGGUCUAGUCAGAUGCGGGGAAGGGUGCUUGAGGAGUCUUGUGCUUAGCCAAGAGAUAGCUUAGCCUCUGUAGCAUAUGAAAAAAUCCUAAUUUUAAAAUAUCAGUAUUGAUAUUGGUAUCGGUCAAAAUUUAUUUGUAAAUAUCAGGAUAUUAGAUAUCUGCAAAAAUCCAAUAUCCCAUAUCCUAGUACAAAUCUCUUUUGCCCCCUAUCUGGAGUUCUCUGCUGAGGUGCAACAUCGUCUACAAAAAAACCUAUAAUGCAUUGAAACAACAUAAAAUAAUGAUAUUAGAUUGUUGUAAUAUUCACAUCUUGAUGCUUCACAAGGCAUUCCUGGAGAUGGGCCAUGUAGCCCUAGCACUUCACCUUACCCCCCUAUUCCAACAAGAAUCAUUGCACCUCUAUCCCUAGACAUGAACAUGCAAAUGCUGGAGUACAGCUGAGUGGUAGAGCAAGGGUGCACUGGGAUUGAACUUAAGUCUUAAACUGUUACACACAGGCUGCAUGACAAGGAAAUUAAUGUUACUGCAUUUAUUUUGAUCCAGACUGAUUUUGAUCUGAUUUACCAUUUAUGGCAGUUUAAAAACGGAAUCUCUUUUUACAUUUUUGUUACAUGAAACCCAAAAAAUCUCACAAGAGGCUGCCUCCUUCUGACUUGCCUCUUCACACAUUCGUCUUGUUUACUUUCUUUGUCAGGUAGGAAGGAGGGGGGUGUCAGGAGCCAUGAGGGUGCGAACCAAGUAAGAUUACAAUGCGAUGAUGAUCAUUAUUGCUUUAACUUUAACACUACUUUUAAGUGGGCAUUAUCUCCAAGUUGAAAACAUGAGUGAGGAUGUACUUUCAAGCAGAAAAGAGUUUGUAGCGGCACAAUGACAGCAACGUUUCUAAACCAUGAUGCAUGUUACGAUCACUGCUGCUUUAUCACUAACAGCAUACAUCACCUGGAAAUUAUACCAGAGGCCCAGGGAUAAGAAUUCAGGGUGAAGAGGAUGCUGAAAGAUUGUGGCUGUUUGCAUCCACACAUGCUGCUCACCCCUGAAAUAUUCUGGGAGUUUGAGCAGAUGUAAAAGCCCCAUUUUGAUUUCAUAGAGAAUCAUUUCAAUCCAUGAAAAAAAUGCAGGUUUGGGUAUCACUGCAGCAAAUCUGUGCUCUUUUUUUUUUUAAACUGUUUUGUUACAUUUUGCCUUCAACCAAAAAAGCACCUUCUGUAAUUUUGAUUGAGCACUUGCCAUAUGAAGCUUUUGCUAAUAUUUGAUUUAAUCUGCAGGCCUUGUUACAGAUAUGAACAUAAUUGUUAGUGUGCCACAUUUCUUGAUUCCGUAAAGUGUUAAAAUGUGCAGCUACAUUUCUGUAACAUAAAACGAUUCUUUAGUUUGUAUUUUAUUAUCACAACUCAGUUGUUUUCAGCUGCUUAUUAAACUUUUUGUUGUUUUAAGCUGGUACAAAUAUGCAGAGACAUUCAGUUUACAGAAGAGUCAUGUGACCUUGUAGGAGCUUCAAUGGCUCAUGUUCAGCCUGGAUUUCAUUUUUAUAAAGACACUUUACAUCAACGUGACAACAACAGCAUGUAGAGAACACUAUUUUACAGUAUUAUAUUAUUAUUGUUGUAUAUAUUCUGCACUAUUGUAUUUUAAAGUAUAAAUUUGCUAACUUUUAUGCAGGACAUUUCUACUUCAUAAUCAAUGGAUACAUUUAUUGAUUGAUUCAGAGUUAUGCAAGUGCCAGUUAGAUUUUGUGAUCUCUGCAAGAUAUUCAAUAAAAAACUCUUUGAUUCUCA